AUGGCGGCGGCCGUCGAUAGUGUUGUGAAAGUGCUAGGAGAGCAGUAUUACAAAGAUGCUAUGGAACAGUGCCACAGCUACAACGCUCGCCUGUGUGCUGAGCGCAGCAUCCUCAUGCCUUUCUUGGACUCUCAAACUGGUGUGGCCCAGUCCAACUGCUACAUCUGGAUGGAAAAGAGACACAGGAGCGCAGGCGUAGCUCCAGGACAGCUCUACACCUACCCAGCACGCCGCUGGAGGAAGAAGCGGCGCGCCCACCCUCCUGAAGACCCGCGCCUGGCUUUUCCCCCUCUCAAAGCAGCAGAUCUUGAGCUCGGUCUGAAGCGUGAUGCCCUAGGAGCAGUGGAUGGUAGCAGCCUGGAAGCCCUACUCAAGGGAGAGCCCUUAGACAGGAGAGGAGGUGCGUCAGAUGCCCGGGGUCCCGAGGACGAUCCAGUCACAGCAGAGCCGGCUGCUGCCUCCGCAUCUAGCCACACCUCGUCUGGACGUGUGCGCAAGAGAGUUCUAGACCACGACGACUACUUGGAUGACCUGGAUGAUGAGGAUUUUGAAGAUGAGACCCCCAAGAGACGAGGCAAGAGCAAAUCCAAGGGUCGCAGUGAGAGGAAUGGCAAGAAGAAGACGGAGGCUGCCGCUGCAGCUCUGGAGGAGCGGGACAAACCAUAUGCUUGUGACAUCUGUGGGAAACGCUACAAGAACCGUCCAGGCCUCAGCUACCACUACACACACUCUCACCUGGCGGAGGAGGAGGGCGAGGACCGAGAGGAGAUCGAGGCACCACCCACUCCUCGCCAGCCUGAGGAGCAGAAGACACCUAAGAAGGGUCCUAGUGGUCUGGCUCUGCCAAAUGACUACUGUGAUUUCUGCCUGGGUGACUCCUCCCUAAACCAGAAGACCGGCCAAUCAGAGGAGCUAGUGUCCUGCUCUGACUGCGGACGCUCAGGCCACCCAACCUGUCUGCAGUUCACAGCGGUGAUGAUGGCGGCAGUGAAGACCUACCGCUGGCAGUGCAUUGAGUGCAAGUGCUGCAAUGUCUGCGGCACGUCUGAGAAUGACGAUCAGCUGCUGUUCUGUGAUGACUGCGACAGAGGCUACCACAUGUACUGUCUCAGCCCUCCGAUGACUGAACCCCCAGAAGGGAGCUGGAGUUGCCACCUGUGCCUGGCUCUGCUAAAGGACAAAGCCUCCAUAUACCAGCAGAACCAGAGCUCCACCCCUGAGUGAUUGUCAUUCAACACUUAGCCCCGCCUUGUUGGCAAUGGGACCACAACUCCACACAUCACAUCAGACUCACCUCACUCUGGAGAUGACGGACUCUGUUCGGACUUAGCGGCACGAGAUCGACGAUCAGCAAAAGCAGCGGUCGUCUCAACCGUAUCAGAGAAGGGAGAUUCUCUCAAAACAGACCUCGCAUCUGCAGACACAGGAAUCAAAUUUACUCACUACCAACACAGCUGCCAAAACCCCGAGGCUUGCUUUCUAACACUCAUAUGUACAUAUAUUUAUGCACAUACUCUUUUGGACUGUUACCCACCCGAAAUAUACAUAGAGCACAUGGUAACUAUAGCAGCCACUGUUUCAAUGGGCGCUCCCAGGAGCGUCACUGCUGGAUUAGCCUCACAGCUAAUUAAUUAUCUGCCUCCACCUUCGCGCUCAGGCACAGGUUGUGAAUUGCUAAGGCAGUCUGUGUUUUUGCCAAAUUAACUAUUUUUACUCACUGCAUAGGGGGGUAGGGGAGUGACACGUGUAGAGAUUUUCAAAAAGGAUCCAACUGUCAAAAAGGAUAUUAUUAUUAUUAUUAUUAUUAUUGUUCUAAUUACUGUUAGUGGACUUUUGUAGUGGUGUUUGUCUGUGUUCUUUUGUCUGGUCUUUGAGAGCAUUUCUCUGUUAAAGAGGUUUCCCUGCAGGGGAUCCAUCGGUGCCAAGGUCCAUAGUCACAACAUUAACAUGUUGGUAUGACUUCUCUCAUUGCUUUGUUCAGCAUUCACUUUCUCAGAAGCAUGAAGGCCAUCUUUGAUUUAUUCUGAAGAAAGCAGAAUCUUAUUGAGUAACACCUCAUACUGAUACACAGGCGGUUUGAAACAAGACGUUUAAAUAGGGUGAUAUAAAUUUCGUUGCUGCCCUGGUAAACAAACGCAUUACUUUGGCCCAUUCAGCAAUUAGCUGAAGUGCGACCUUAUUUAGCCUUACUCAUCAAUAGAAAUAAAAUUAUUAUUAGGACUGCUCUAUACCAAUUUUUCAUUGCCAACAUUGAUUUGGAGCUCUAGUCUUGAGUAUUUGGCAGGUACGGAGUACUUGUCUGGUCAAUUCAUUCCACUGAACAACAGUCUUUGGAACAUUGGUUCCGAGUCACGAAAAUAGAAACAAGUGAGCUAUAAUGUGGCCUUUAGUUUUAGAGGGAUACGGCAUCCUUAUGUGCAAAAGGGCACAAAAGGAAUCUGGUUUUGUUGGAUUGCUGAAAUGAUGGAUGUCUUCUUUAGGAUUAGGUUGGAUGUUGGUGAAACUCUGAAACUGUUAAUUCAUUUUAGCAUCUGAAACCACUGUCAAUAUUGAUGCGGCCCUAUUAGUUCAGGAAGCUGUCUUGUGCUAGUUUUCUAUGACCAUCAGUAACUAUCACCCGAGCCAGUCUUAUUAAUCGCCAUGACACAGGUGGGUCUACCCUCACCCAGUUCUCAUCAUAUUACAUCGGUUAUAUAGCUGCUUUUAUUGUUUAUCUCAAAGACAGAUUUGCAUGCCAACUGCACCUGUAUAAAUGCACACAGACACUCACAAAUCUUUUUUUUUAUAUAUUUUUACACAGUGUAUUACUUGAUAUUCCAUUGGUAUGGGGAGUUUUUCUAGUAGAACUUUGUAAAGUAUUCAGUAUAGCUAACAACAUUAAUUGGAAAUAGUUGCUAUCACAUUGUAUGUAUUGUAUUGACCUUUUCUAUUUUGUUACGAAGGUGAUAAGUUGAAUUAUUUUCCAUGAUUAUUUUGAUAUCAUGUCGUAUACCUCCAUUAUGAUUAUUUGUAUUGGUAAGAUGCUGUACUUUUUUUCUUUUCUUUUUUUUUACGUUCCUUUGGUAUUGAAACUGAUUUUAGCCGUACUGAAAUAAAAACGUCAUUGUAA